GGUGCGGAAGGGGGGCAAGAAACACGUAGCGACAGCUCCUCCUCUUCUUGUACGCACAUGUUAUGCGGCCUCUCUCUGGCAGGAGACAUAACAGCAACGUAAACAGGCAACCGUGAAUAGAGAGGGGAGAAAACGCUCGUCUCAGAGGGAACUCUAUGAUGCAAAUCAUUUUUUUAAAUUUCGUUUUCCAAUAUGUCACCUACAUGUAGCUUGACAUAACAUUCUGGACUGGUGAACCAAACGGAGAAGAGGAAAGCUCCGCGCGCCGUUUUAUCAUUUGGAUUCUUUUUUAUGUUGGUUGAUUUGUUUUCUUAAUUGGGAGAUGCGGAGAGUCUCCGCUACUCAUCUUCAAACCUGCACAGAGUAAAUUUGUAUUCUGGAGUGGAGGGGAGGUAUUUUGAGACUGUCGAAUGCUGAAAUCUCACUCCCUGGCUUGGUGGCGGACACAUCGGAACCAAGAGCAACAUAGCCUGGCCGUUUGGUACGUUUUUAUUUUCAAGCAGAAAUGGUAGAAAGAAUAGAUGGUCAUAGAAAAAAUAUAUAUCACGACGGAGACAAAAUUCAUAAUCUUCAUUGUUAGUUGCGAAUUACUGCUCUUAUUGAGAAUGAAUGAUAUCCAGGAAAGGUUCUCCAUUGGCAGAUGAUAAGUAGUGAGGAGAACACGUGUCCAAUUUCCCCUCAUUUUUCCCUCCCUGAUCUGGAUUUUCAACUUGUCACGUCAACAAGGAAAAGCCUGAGAAAAUAAAGGACAGAAGCGCAAGUGGCUUUUUCUUUUCUUUUUUUCUUCUGAUGGACAUCUUGGCUUUUAGAUCCGAGGAGAAUAGUUAUAAUAUUCUCCCAUCGGCGGCAACGAUGCUUUUCCAUGGCCUCCCCGGAGGCGACGUGCACGGCGUGGUGGAAGAAAUAGACCGGAGAGGAAAGAGCGAGUCAGCGGCCAUCAGCUCAGCUAUCGAUAUGGGCGAGUCGGAGACGGCCAUGCCGUGCCUGACAACGGAGCGCGUGGCCCUGUGCGCAGGCUGCGGCAGGAAGAUUGCGGACCGCUACUACCUGCUGGCCGUGGACAAGCAGUGGCACAUGCGCUGCCUCAAGUGCUGCGAGUGCAAACUCAACCUGGAGUCGGAGCUCACCUGCUUCAGCAAGGACGGCAGCAUCUAUUGCAAGGAAGACUAUUAUAGAAGAUUUUCGGUGCAGAGAUGCGCUCGGUGCCAUCUCGGCAUCUCUGCCUCGGAGAUGGUGAUGCGGGCCCGGGACCUGGUCUACCACCUCAACUGCUUCACCUGCACUACCUGCAGCAAGAUGCUGACCACCGGGGACCACUUUGGCAUGAAGGACAGUCUGGUGUACUGUCGGCUACACUUUGAGACUCUCAUCCAGGGAGAUUAUCAGACGCAUUUUAAUCACACGGACGUGGUGCCACACAAAGGCCUGGGCCCGGCCAACACGCUCGGACUAUCCUACUUCAACGGCGUGGGGACAGUGCAGAAAGGCCGGCCCAGGAAGAGGAAGAGCCCUGGGCCCGGAGCGGAGCUGGCAGCAUAUAACGCAGCGUUGAGCUGCAACGAGAACGACAGCGAGUCCAUGGAUAGGGACUCCCAGUAUAGCUCCAGUCAGAAGACGAAGCGCAUGAGGACGUCCUUCAAGCACCACCAGUUGAGAACAAUGAAGUCCUACUUUGCCAUCAACCAUAACCCAGACGCCAAGGACCUCAAGCAGCUUGCCCAGAAGACAGGUCUCACCAAGCGGGUCUUACAGGUCUGGUUCCAGAACGCUCGGGCCAAAUUCAGGAGGAAUCUUCUCCGACAAGAAAGCACCGGUGCAGACAAGACCUCUGACGGCUCCACGCUGCAGGGCGGCACGCCGUCAGGACCGGCCUCUGAAAUCUCAAAUGCUUCCAUGAGCCCCUCCAGCACCCCCACCACCCUGACAGACUUGACCAACCCCACCAUGCCCACAGUCACCUCUGUGCUCACCUCAGUGGCAGGCGGCAUGGACGUCCACGAGUGUAGGAGCCCGUCACAGACCACACUGACUAGCCUUUUCUGAUGGACGGAGCCUGACCGCAACCACCCCUUCCAUCGCUACACCCUGCUGUAUCGAAAACAAAGUUGACACCUUUGAACGUUAAGAUUAGAAAAGCAAAAGAAACAUUUUUCUUUUUAAAAAGAGAGAAGGUUCAACAUUUUCUCUGAGCCCUUUGGAGACUUUGCAAUGAAGCAGCCAAGCCUCACAGAUGGGACUCUUGUUGUUAUGUAGAUGUUGUCUUGUUGAGAACUGAGAAGACUUGAUUUGCAUUUUUCAAUGUUUACAGAAAGUGACAAAGGGGAGAAAAAAAAAUGCUUAAUUUUUGGAAUUCAUUUUCCAACUCAGUAUUUAUGUUGUUGUACCAGAGUCGUCGUUAGAUGGGUUGUCCUUUUUUUUUCUUUGGGAAAAUCGGAGAUUAAAUACAGGUUACAAUACCCU